UGGUGCUAACUCAUACAUUUCCCUACUUAUCUAUUUAAAUAGGCUUGAGAUGUUGAAGUCAAACAAUAAAACGGAGCUGUCUUUGACUAGAUAUCUCACUCUGAGGACCCUAUUUGCAGGCUGUACUGGAUGCCGGUGUCAAAACGAUCACUAUGAAAACCAUUACUAUUAACCUUAUUUUCUUUUUUCAUUUGUCCUUUGACUCAAUAAUGGUGAUCAGAGGCUUGAAUUUGGCUACCCAUAGUGUGCAGUUGAUCAACACAACUAAUAGGCUGUCACUUCCUGAAAAGACUCCAUCAGACCUGAUGACCCACCCAACAUAUUCAGAUGAUGCUGUUACGAGUGCUACUGAUCAACGUGACAACGACAAGACCAACAAUGUUCGUUUUGCAAAUAUGGAAAGCGAGAAGGUUGAGCAGAAGGACACUGCAUCUAAAGUAAUGCAAGUGGUCGACAUGCAUGAUCAGAGCAUUUGGGGCAGUGCAAACAGCUAUGACCACCAACAUAUUGUGAUCAUGGAGAACAAACCAGAAGUCAUUGAGUCAGCAUUAUUCCUGUUUGAGAGGUGUCCUACUAGAUCCACUCUUCUGAGUUAUGACAAAGGGGCACUGCAUGUCCUUAAGGGCUCUGAGACCGAUAUAACUAGAUAUAGCAUUGUGACAUUGGUUGGUCAUGGCACUAUGGGCAAUGAAAGAAGGGCUCAACUAGGAGGUUAUGAGCCAGAAGAGCUUGCUCAAGUUGUUGCAGCAAUGGCAAUAGGUAACACUCAUCUGGGCACAUUGAGCCUGGUUGGUUGCGAGCUUGGAAAAGACCUGUCCUUUGCAAAGCUGCUUCUGCAAACACUGAGGUCCCUUCACGUGGAGACCACGUUACACUUGAGCAGUUCCAAAAUCUCUGUGAACCCAUACGGGGAGAUAGUGACCGAACACGAGGGAGUCUGGAGGACCAAAGACACUAGGAAAAAAGUGAUUGCUCAACUCGACCAAAGAGGUGGCUUGUUAACCAAAGUGGAGACUGGACAGGAAGGACAGGCCAUAUCAAAUUACCAAGGACAUGCUUUGUAUAUCGAGACUCUUGAAUGGCCAACCCACCCUCAAAUGUUUGUCCCUAAGGACCUGCGCAAAAAGUACACAUCCAUCGACUGUCUUGAAGGUCUGACUUGGAGUCUGUUCUUUGAACAGCAUGAUAAAAGGCGUGCUCAUGAUUAUAUCCCAAAUGAUAAUCGCCCCAACUUUACGGCAGUUUGGCUUCUGGACAAGGAGCCAGAUCAAAAGAUUCCAAUAAAACACAUUGCCACGAUCCUAGACUUAGCAGUGGAGAUUCGAUACAAUGCCAGGGAAGAUGCAGAAUUAGAUUUAUACUAUGUUCUGAAUGACUGCAUUUACCAGGUGCAGAGGAAAACCUUCCGUGUCUUUCUUGUUGGCAAGUAUAUGAAUCCUAACAAUCUGGAAGAAAUAUUGAAGUUCACAGUCGCUUACAGGAUCCAGAAGAAGUACUAUUCCCUCCAAGAGUUGACACAGGGACUCAAUCCAUCAGAAUUCAACCAUUUCUGCCGCCAAACCUUUCAGCUCCUGCAUUGUGUCCACAACUGUGAGAACUGGGGUCGCUACUUCAUGGCUGCAGUGUUCUCGGCGUCUGUGCACAACUUCAGAACGUUCUCGCUUUUCCUCAUGAGUGUUAUCGCCUGCGAAGUAGGCCGGUCCAAAGGCUCCGACGACACCCUCUGCACGGCUUUUGUCGGGAAAGAGCACCCCAUGGCGUCAGAGGACCCCUCACACGAGAACCAGAGGCGAGGAUUUUACGGCUGCAUGGUGGACCAGUCGAAGGAGAUUGUGAAGCAAGAAAAGCUGGUAUGGUUGAAUGAGGUGGUUGCAAAAGAAAACUCUCUUUUCACCAGGUCCAAGCAGAUAAUGAGCGGGGUAGACCAUGAUCAGGAGACUGAGAUUGACAUAUUUGGAAAGGUGAAGGUGAUGAAUAAGUAUGUGUUCUCAUCUUUUCUUGAAUUCUUUCGAGGAACCCCUGAGGGGAAGAAGCUGGUGAGAGGAUGCAUUGGCUCCCCACAACAGAAUGUCCAUGUUGAGGACUCGGGAUUAAAUAUUAAUUGAGGAUUAAACAUUACAGCCGGACGUUUAACUGUCAAUGGGUCUUGGCCAGUGGCAUGACAAAAAGUAAACACAAGGUGGAUUGUAUGCAACGUUCUGAUCGUCUAAUGACAUUGCUCAAACUGCUUUAAAUAUGGAAAAUUGUUAUUAUUGAUUUGGCUGUCAUGUUGUUCUUCUCUAUGCCCUACUCUUUGUUUCAGCCUGUUUCAGUCUCAUAUGUAAUAUGUAGAAAGAUGGGUGGACACAAUAAAAUGAAAAGCUGUGAAAUGUGAAAGGGAACUGGUUUUGUGUGUAUGUUUUGUACUUAAACUGAAGUUUAACAUAAAUAGUACAAAAUGGUAAAUGGACUGCAUUUAUACAGCGCGUUUUUAUACCUUGGCGGCACCCAAAGCGCUUUACAAUUUUGCCUCUCAUUCACCCAUUCAUGCUCACACAUACUGGCAUUUAACUGACAUCCAACUUAGGCAAAGAAGAACUGCCCUGACACAGCUAAAGUGAAAAAUAACUGGCAAACUUUCACACAUUUCAUGUUGAUCAGAAAAGGUGAACCAAGUGGUAAGAAGUACAAAUGUUGAUGAGUUUUUUCACCCACAGUGUUUCUACUAGAGAAACUGUGUGGUGCACAUUGGUUGGUUUUCUUUUCUACCGAUUUAUUAUCAGAAUGGCUGUAUUCAGAUCAUCGCAACGCAGCCAGCAACGAGCCAGCAUUACUUGGCUAGGGCACACACAUGCACACAUCUUUUACUGUCCCUUUAAA